AUGCAUAAAUCUGCAAACAAUUCAAUAUACAUGAUAAGUUGGAUGGAUCAAAUCAUCAACAAAUCAAUCUCUUCUCCAUACCUUAUAAAAAUCAAAAAAGAAUGGGAAAACUAUGCAACUCAAAUUGGACAUCUAAAAGAUAAAGUUCAAAUCCUACAACCAAUAUUAAUAAAAAAUCAAACCUCUCAAACAUUAACCACUAAUAAUAUUCCACUACCACCAACACUCAAAGAAAUCUACUUGACAAUACUCAACAAUCACCAAUGCAAAUCAAAAGACUAUAUUGGUAAGAAAUAUUCAGAUUUACUUCUUACUUCGCACCAACAAUCAAUACAACUAUUAUGGAAAUACACAUACGACCAACUAUUUGUCAAAAUUCAAAAAUUAAAAGAUCCAAAAGGCCGUGAUACAAUGCAAAGAUUCCAUGCUAGAUGUCUUCAGAUUAAUCAUCUACACAACAAAGUUUACCCCAUUUGCAACAAUGAAAUGAAUAAUGAUCCCUAUGGUCAUUUGUUUUUCAAUUGUCAGCACACAAUCAACUUCAUAAACCACGACAAAUUAAAAUAUUUUAUAUAUAAAAAUUGCAUCGGGAUGAAAUAA